ACCACGCCCCACCUCUCUGUGCUGUGACACAGGACAAUUUGAAUAGAGGCGAGCUUCCUCACCUGUCUCACCUUACCUGUUCAAACAAACGGCUCCGUUUGAAACUCUACCCCAACCGAAUUCCACCAGGAAACCAACCGCAAAUGAUAGUUAGAAAAGAAAAGGUGGUCUAAACAAAGUAUUUGUUAGGCAUAUCUCCAAGCCAAUUUAGAGACAUGGAGCCGACGUACCGCGGUCUAGGUCGCUGUUCCUGCGCCUUUUGGUUGGCAGUGUCCUUCGACAUAUUCGGGCUGCUUGUUCUUUUGAUCGGUGUUUUUGCGGACAUAUUCUUCUAUGACUUUUUAAUCUACGCCGGGGCCAUCAUCAUCUUCCUCAGCCUCGUCUGGUGGGUGUUCUGGUACACGGGCAACAUCGAGGUCCCCCCGGAGGAGCUGGAGGAUGACGUCGGGCUCUUGAAGAAGAAGCGGGGCAUCGCAGGUGCGGUGAGGCGGUUAUCCAGCCGUCUCACCAACAGUGUCAGGAACUCUCUGCGGCGGAAUGGAGGCCCCCCCCGCGGGGUCGCGAGAAGGGCAGGGACUGGGCAGUCUACGACACACAUGAGGGAUGCCCAACAGCAACCGAAGCGCCCGCCUGUCGUAUUGACGAUGGGGCCGCUUGAUGAGGACAUGCACACGGUGUCUGCAUCCGUGGACACAGACAUACCUGUUCCGCACACAGCUACAGAGACCUCGGCCAUAUGAUGCGCAAUGCGCACAAGGCAGCUCCAAAAUGCAGGUGUUUCAGCCUAUCUCAGUGCUUCAGCGGAAGUCGUGACAUACUGUAUGUCACGACACUGUAUAUAUUAUGGAAGGACCACUAGAGGGCAGGCUGGACUCACGGAUAGCAGCCCAACGAGGCAUGUGAGUCAAGGGGACCUGAGGCAAUAAAGCACAGCUGAUGCUACUAAUGACCUAUUAUCUUUUCCCUACAAGAGAGAGGAGGGAACCAGCAAGAAGGAGGGAAAAACCUAUCUCUGGAAGAUGGCUACCAAGAGAGAGAAGCUAACCACAAAGAACCAUUAAGAUGGUGACAAACCCGUGACUUUUGUUGUAGUUUAAAGAUAGUCAUAUUGUGUUCCUGUUUCAUCUGGAGAAGAAGAUGUAUGUUUUUCCUUGGGAGAUUUUCAUUGAUUAUGUUGAAGUGUUUGUAUUGACCAUAAUCCCUCAAUACAGAACUGUGUUCAAUCAAGAAA